UUCGAACACUAGAAAGAAUUUCUCACGCGAGCCUCUCUCUCAUAGUUGUAGCUGAAUCGCGCAGACAAUGCGAAAUACCUCACUCCCGCCAUUCCUCCUCCUCCUUCUUCUUCUCCACUCGAAUUGACGUCUCAUUCUAAUCCAAUCUCGCGAUUUCCUCCAAUUUCCACAUCCGAAACCCUAAUUCCUCCGCUCAAACUCACAUCACAACCCCUCCAAUUUCCCCACUUCGGCCUCGAUCGAAAACCCUAGCCAUGCCCUCCCUCAUCUCCCCCGGCAAAAUCCACCGCCUGGAGCUCGAGAACUUCAAGUCCUACAAGGGCCACCAGGUGAUCGGCCCCUUCUACGACUUCACCGCCAUCAUCGGCCCCAAUGGCGCCGGAAAGUCCAACCUCAUGGACGCCAUCAGCUUCGUCCUGGGAGUCCGCACGGGCCACCUCCGAGGAGCUCAGUUGAAGGACCUCAUCUACGCGUUCGAUGACAGAGAGAAGGAGCAGAAGGGGCGGAGGGCCUUCGUCAGGCUGGUUUAUCAGAUGGGGAAUGGGUCGGAGCUCCAGUUCACGCGGACCAUCACCAGCGCUGGAGGCAGUGAGUACCGGAUCGACGGGAAGGUGGUAACGUGGGACGAGUACAAGGCUAGGUUAAAGUCGCUCGGGAUUCUCGUCAGUGCGAGGAACUUUUUGGUGUUUCAGGGUGAUGUUGAAUCCAUUGCAUCCAAAAAUCCAAAGGAGCUCACUGGACUGUUGGAGCAGAUAUCUGGAUCUGAAGAACUCAAGAGAGACUAUGAGCAGCUUGAAGCUGAAAAAGCUGUGGCAGAGGAAAAAUCUGCUCUUGCAUAUCAGAAAAAACGAACUGUAGUGUUGGAAAGAAAGCAGAAGAAGGAACAGAAAGAAGAGGCUGAAAAGCAUAUCCGUUUGCAGGAUAGAUUGAAAAAGUUGAAGGAGGAGUACUACUUGUGGCAAUUGUAUCACAUUGAGAAGGAUGUUACUAGGACAAAUGAGGACCUCGAAGCUGAAAUAAAAAGUCGUGAAGGUGUUAUUCACGAACUAGAAAAUUUUGAGCACGAAGCAAGUAAAAAAAAGAAAGAGCAAGCCAAAUAUCUGAAAGAGAUUGCACAAUGUGAAAGAAAAAUUGCUGAGAGAAGUAAUAAGCUCGACAAAAGCCAACCUGAGCUUUUGAAACUGAAGGAGGAGAUGACUCGUAUCAGGUCAAAAAUUGAGAGAACUGAGGCAAAGGUCCCUAGAUGGCAGUCAUGGAGGACUAGAAGCCCUGGAGUCUGGGAAGGUGGAGAUUGA